GAUUCUAGAACAGUGUUGAAAAUUCUAUAACAGUGUUGACGAUUCUAGAACACUGAAGAUUCUUGAACUGUGUCCAAUUGUAGAACAGUGUAGAGAAUUCCGUUGAGCAGAAAAGCUCUCAGCUUUACCACAACACUGCAGUAGUUAAUGAUUGAACGUUAGAUCUCAGCCAGUUCAGCUACAUUCCACAUAUUGUUUUUGUAACAUUGUCCAGAAACACUAAGAGCGUGAAACAUUUUGUUCUUCUGUUGUGUUUGAGAAAGAUAGAAAGGUGCAUGUUGGAUAGAACAAUAGUUGACUAUAUCAAGAAGAGAAUGUUGAUACCUCACUUCCAGGCAGUACAUAGUAACCUCUAGCUUCCACAACAAUACAAACAUACCCCCAGCCCUAAGAAGAAAGGAAGUUGGACAACCGUUAUGACACCUCUGCAAUGUGUCCCUCCAAGUCCCUUGGCAGGUUAGUAGGUGGUGUUGUAUGUCUGUGUCCCUCCAAGUCCCUUGGCAGGUUAGUAGGUGGUGUUGUAUGUCUGUGUCCCUCCAAAUCCCUCGGCAGGUUAGUAGGUGGUGUUGUAUGUCUGUGUCCCUCCAAGUCCCUUGGCAGGUUAGUAGGUGGUGUUGUAUGUCUGUGUCCCUCCAAGUCCCUUGGCAGGUUAGUAGGUGGUGUUGUAUGUCUGUGUCCCUCCAAGUCCCUUGGCAGGUUAGUAGGUGGUGUUGUAUGUCUGUGUCCCUCCAAGUCCCUUGGCAGGUUAGUAGGUGGUGUUGUAUGUCUGUGUCCCUCGGCAGGUUAGUAGGUGGUGUUGUAUGUCUGUGUCCCUCCAAGUCCCUUGGCAGGUUAGUAGGUGGUGUUGUAUGUCUGUGUCCCUCCAAGUCCCUCGGCAGGUUAGUAGGUGGUUGUGUAUGUCUGUGUCCCUCGGCAGGUUAGUAGGUGGUUGUGUAUGUCUGUGUCCCUCCAAGUCCCUCGGCAGGUUAGUAGGUGGUGUUGUAUGUCUGUGUCCCUCCAUGUCCCUUGGCAGGUUAGUAGGUGGUGUUGUAUGUCUGUGUCCCUCCAAGUCCCUUGGCAGGUUAGUAGGUGGUUGUGUAUGUCUGUGUCCCUCCAAGUCCCUUGGCAGGUUAGUAGGUGGUUGUGUAUGUCUGUGUCCCUCGGCAGGUUAGUAGGUGGUGUUGUAUGUCUGUGUCCCUCCAAGUCCCUCGGCAGGUUAGUAGGUGGUGUUGUAUGUCUGUGUCCCUCCAUGUCCCUUGGCAGGUUAGUAGGUGGUGUUGUAUGUCUGUGUCCCUCCAAGUCCCUUGGCAGGUUAGUAGGUGGUGUUGUAUGUCUGUGUCCCUCCAUGUCCCUCGGCAGGUUAGUAGGUGGUGUUGUAUGUCUGUGUCCCUCCAAGUCCCUCGGCAGGUUAGUAGGUGGUGUUGUAUGUCUGUGUCCCUCCAAGUCCCUUGGCAGGUUAGUAGGUGGUGUUGUAUGUCUGUGUCCCUCCAAGUCCCUUGGCAGGUUAGUAGGUGGUGUUGUAUGUCUGUGUCCCUCGGCAGGUUAGUAGGUGGUGUUGUAUGUCUGUGUCCCUCCAAGUCCCUUGGCAGGUUAGUAGGUGGUGUUGUAUGUCUGUGUCCCUCCAAGUCCCUUGGCAGGUUAGUAGGUGGUGUUGUAUGUCUGUGUCCCUCCAAGUCCCUCGGCAGGUUAGUAGGUGGUUGUGUAUGUCUGUGUCCCUCCAAGUCCCUUGGCAGGUUAGUAGGUGGUGUUGUAUGUCUGUGUCCCUCCAAGUCCCUCGGCAGGUUAGUAGGUGGUGUUGUAUGUCUGUGUCCCUCCAAGUCCCUUGGCAGGUUAGUAGGUGGUGUUGUAUGUCUGUGUCCCUCCAAGUCCCUUGGCAGGUUAGUAGGUGGUGUUGUAUGUCUGUGUCCCUCCAAGUCCCUCGGCAGGUUAGUAGGUGGUGUUGUAUGUCUGUGUCCCUCCAAGUCCCUCGGCAGGUUAGUAGGUGGUGUUGUAUGUCUGUGUCCCUCCAAGUCCCUCGGCAGGUUAGUAGGUGGUGUUGUAUGUCUGUGUCCCUCCAAGUCCCUUGGCAGGUUAGUAGGUGGUGUUGUAUGUCUGUGUCCUUCGUGAUCACAGGGUAGGAGGGUUGUUUUCCUGGCACUUUGAACCCGCUCAUCCAUACAAUAGGAAUGUACAGCUGAACAACAUCCAGUUUGUGGUCCAGACGUCGUCCUUUGGGACCAUUAUUAUACCUGUGUACCGAUUCACUUUUAGUUGUACAUGAUCCUGUCUGAUAACGCCCCGGGUACGUUUUCUCUCAUGGACGUGCGCAUACCGCCCCAAUCAACAAUGUACACACAACUGCCAUACAUGCAUCCUAUUGACCUGCUAAGUAAGGUGUGGUUGAAUGAGGGGUUUGGUGGAAAAUCUCUCACACACACACACACACACACACACACACACACACACACACACACACACACACACACUACCUUGGGAUUAGUCCUUAAAACCUGUCUAGACCUGAGGCUGCUGUAGGAGUGGUGAAGACUGAGGCUGCGUCCCAAUGGCUCCCUAUUCCCUCUAUAGUGCACUAUGGGCCCUGGUCAGAAAUAGUGCACUAUUUAGGGAGUAGGGUGCCAUUUGGGAUGCAAACUGAGGCCCUCAGUCUUUUCUGAUGUGUUGCUUUUUUUCCCUCCUUCAGUCUUCAUUGUUCUCUCACUUUCCCCUCUUCCCUCUCUCCUUCUGUUUCUCUACC